AUGCACCGACUGAGCCGCGCGCUGCUGGGGGCCCUGGCCCGGGCCCCGCCGCUCCGGCAGCCCCCGGGUCCCGGCCGGUUCCUGCCCGCUGCCCUGCGGCCGGGCGGCCUCUCCACCCGGCCCCGGCGGGAGCCGCCCGCCGCCCCGCAGCGCCCUGCGGCCCAGGAGCCGGGCGGCGAGGAGGAGCAGUUCGUCUUCCCCGAGUACGUGCCCGAGCCGGGCCCGGCGCCGGCCGGGGAGCCGCCCGCCGCCCCGAGCGGCCCGGAGAGGAGGCCGCGGGAGAAGCGGCAGCACCGGGUGACGGGGCGGCCGGACCCGUCGGUGCCGCCCAGCGGGGUGAGCUGCUCGGGCUGCGGGGCGGAGCUGCACUGCCGGGACCCCGGAGUCUUGGGGGGCUCAGAAGGAUUGGGGGUGCAGGGGGCCCUGGGGAGCUCAGAGGCGCACCGGGCCCUGCAAGGGGUGGUGUGUCAGCGCUGCUGGCUCCUGGUCCAUCACCAGCAGGCGCUGCACAUGCAAGUGUCCCGGGAGCAAUACCGCAAUCUGGUGAGUGCUGCCCUGCGCAGCCCCCCACGCCAUGGACGCCGCCCCCUGGUGCUAUACAUGGUGGACAUGCUGGACCUGCCCGACUCAGUGCUACAGGACCUGCCUCAGCUGGUGGAUGCAGGGUCCAACAUCCUGGUGGUGGGCAACAAGGUGGACCUGUUGCCUGGGGACUCUCCAGACUAUUUGAAUCGCUUUCGAAAACAGCUGCUGAGGAGCUGUGCCCGUGUGGGCAUCCUCCCUGCAGUCCAGGGCACGGGGGGCCAGGUUGGCAGGACUGCGAGCCAGAACUUGGUGGAUGUGCACCUGAUCAGUGCCAAGACAGGCUAUGGAGUGGAGGAGCUGAUCUCCAAACUGCAGCACUCCUGGAAGUGCAAUGGUGAUGUGUAUCUCGUAGGAGCUACCAACUCCGGCAAAUCCACACUGUUCAAUACCCUGCUGCAGUCUGACUAUUGCAAGUCCAAAGCCCCGGAGGUGAUCAACAGAGCAACAAUCUCGCCCUGGCCAGGCACAACUUUAAACCUCCUGAAAUUUCCAAUUAUUAACCCUACAUCUGACAGACUGUUCAGGAGACAGGAGAGGCUAAAAGCAGAUGCAGAAAAAACGGAAGAACAACUUAGUGAUGAUGAACAAAAAUAUCUUAAAUGCCUUAAAAAGCAAGGUUAUUUAAUAGGAAGAGUUGGAAGAACAUUUCAACAACAGAAGUCAAAAGCUGUCAUUGACUUUGAUCCUGAUGAGCUCUCUUUUAACAUGGAAGAGGAGCCUGUCUUUUCAUCCAACAAGCCUAAAGAGAGAGUGGAAUUUACAUACAAUGAACUGAAAGAUGCUCGCUGGUUUUUUGACACGCCGGGGAUUGUAAAAGAAAAUUGUGUUUUAAAUCUUCUAACAGAGAAAGAAGUAAAGCUUGUCUUGCCGACACAUGCCAUUGUUCCACGGACCUUUGUACUUAAGCCUGGAAUGGUUUUGUUUCUAGGUGCUUUGGGACGCAUAGACUAUGUGCAGGGAGCAAAAUCCUCCUGGUUUUCUGUUGUGGCUUCUAACCUGUUGCCAGUCCAUGUUACUACCCUGGAGAAAGCAGAUAGCAUCUAUCAGAAGCAUGCUGGAAAAACAUUACUGAAGGUUCCCAUGGGGGGUGAAGAGCGAAUGAAGGAAUUCCCACCGCUUAUUCCUCAGGAAAUUACGCUGGAAGGAAUUGGCACCCUUGAGGCAGUGGCUGACAUAAAGCUGUCCUCUGCUGGUUGGGUUGCAGUAACUGCUCACUUGGAAGACAAACUACAGCUGCGAGCCUAUACUCCUGAAGGGACAACACUGAUGAUACGUAAACCUCCUCUGUUGCCUCAUAUCGUUGGCAUCAAAGGGAACCGCAUCAGAAGAAGUGCGUCCUAUAGAACUAAAAAGCCACCUCCCCUAGUGGAGAACUUAAAGGCAAAUGGAACAAAUAAAAAAAAGUGUAUCUAAAAUUUAAGAAGCACAGGAGCUGGGAAGCCCUUGGACAUACGUGUUGCUUACAGAAAAUUACAAAAACAUACAUUCUGAUUUUAAGAUUGGCUUCUGUAAAACAUGUUUGAAAGACCUAGCAAAUGCAGGUUUGAAGUUUGUAUCAGGCUACUGCAUAGUGCAGCUCAUGGGAUCAUGUGAUUUGCAGUCUCUACUUCCCAUUACCAGAUGGCCUGCCUCAUUCAGACUCUAGUUCUGCAUUUGACAGACAGAUGUGGCAUCACUUCACAUUAUUGCUGGUUCCCCUACAGUGAGUAUGGCUGCCGUCAGGAUGGGAGGGUAAUCUCAGUUACAGCAGGAGGGCUUUAGUGAAGCUGUCAAAACAUGUAAAUCUUUCUGGUUGCUUCCGAUAUUUGGACAGGAGACACAUUGCUUGUUUUCUGGCUUUUCGCAUGAAAUUAGUGAUAAAGAUUUCAGAAAGAAGCCCCUAAAGACCAUCUGUAAGGGUACAGACUCACCCCUGCGGCACCCCCUACUGGUUGCUUCGGGGAAUCAGCUCGUCCAGC